AUGUGGAUGCCUCUGGACUCUGUGGAGUCUACUAUGGCAUGCAAAAGAAAAUUUAUCGUAUCAGAAGAGAUAUCGCCGCUCAAUAUUGCAUUGACGCUCUUAGUAAAGCUCUAUCUAUCCAACCUGCUAACAAAUCAGAGGAGCAUUGUCUAUAUUCUAGUGAAGUAUCUUGAGGGAAGACAGUAUGACCAAACGAAGGAAUUGAAAGUAGCGCCUACGUUAUGUGAGUUAUGUGAAGCGUUUCUUGAGUGUCAAGUCGAUGGGAAUUCGACAAGAAUGCCACCGCAUUCGAACUCCCAUGGAUUAUCAGCCAAAUUGGCUAUAUUCAAUCUUUUAGACCUCGCGUGGAGCAUUGAAAGCGAAGAGGACAUGCAUCUCCAGAUCAAUGAAGCAAAUUCAUUAUUAUUGGAUCCAAAUACGAUAUCUAGUGGAAUCAAUAUGGCAGCCUCGCCAAGAUCAAUCAUAGGUAGAUUCCUUCAAAGGAUCGUUGUCGCCGCGAAGCUAUUACACUUUGAUGAAAGUAUGCUUGUCUUCCAAUCCUUUUGUCAUUUUCGUGAGUCUUCACGAAGUUACUAUGAGACAUUCAAAAUGGAUGGCUUUGAUCAGUUGGGUACUAAUCAAAGGGCCCAUUCUGUUGGUUCAACGACAGAGGUUAGAAAUCACAUGGACGAUUUCAACAAAACUAGUGAAGACAAUCAGAUCCUUGAUGCAAUGUUGUAUAAAUCACUCAACGACCAAUUGGGUCUGAUCACAAGUACAGCUACGCUCCCCGAGGAAGACGUUGUGGUCACGCCCCAUACAAAAGCAGAACUCGAUUCGUUGAUUGAUGCUCAAAUAAACUUUCUUGAAAGGUAUGGCUCUCCGACUUCCCCAGCGUUGCGAUCUAUAAUGGAACAAUUAGCGUCUCCUUAUCUCGAGUUCUCCACCGUUCAUAGAGGCCACAGCGGCCCUUCGCCCUCUAUUCACUACCUACGAUACCUUGAGCACUUACAUGAGGGUAAUUACCUCGCUGCGUUUGAUUCCCUACAUCAAUAUUUUGAUUACAUGGUGUCACAAGGAUCGAGAUACUUCUAUCAUUUUGCGUUGAUUGCAAGAGCAUCGCUUCAUCAAUGUUUUGGUGAGGAUCAGAAGGCUCUAGACUCUAUUGAAGAGGCCAUUUCUGUUGCUAGAGAAAACAAGGAUAACGGAACUUUGACUUAUGUCUUGUCAUGGCUCUUCAACUUCAUGAAAGAUAAACCAACGUUAUGGGUAAGUCAAACUUCAUUUCAAAAUAAUGGUGAACUGCAACUAUUAGACUUUUUAUCUCGGAAGUCGCAAACUGUGUCAUUGCUGUUAGCAGCUGUAAGUUUUUGCUUUGUUACAGAAAGCUACUUAUCAAAUGGUGAUCCUUCCGAGAAACUAUGCGAAAGCUUAUUCCGAGCCCUAUAUGUUUCAAUCAAUGACGGAACUCCCUCGUUUGUGAAAUGCUCUGAGCUAGCCAGCCUGGUUUGGUGCAAAUUGGGGUACCAUACUUAA